AUGCUCACUGAACUCGGUCUCCAGAGCAUCAUGGGGUGGCGGUGGCCACCACUGCUGCUGCUUCUCGUCCCGCUCUCGGGCUCAGAGCUCGGCUGGGCCGUCCCCACUGUGGUGACCGGGGUAGAGGGUCAGACCCUCUCCAUCUCCUGCCCCUAUGACCGGAAGGUGCACUUGAAGCGAAUGAAGAGCUGGUGUCGCCUGGGUGUUGGAGGGCAGUGCCAGCCGGUGGUGAGCUCCCACCACUCCUGGUUCUCCUUCAUGAGGAAGUGGAAUGGCAGCACGGGGAUCAUGGAUGACAGGCUGGCCGGGAUCCUCACUGUCACCAUCCAGAAUCUCCGCCGUCAGGAUGGCGGGCUCUACCAGUGUCAGAGUGUCGACCGGGGCUCGGCAGGCACCCUGAGGACUGUCCAGGUGGAUGUACUGGAUGGCCCGUCGCUGGAACCUCGACUCUCUGGAGAGCCCCCAACAAUCUUGGAGCAGCCCCUGACCCCUGAGCAGCCCCUGGACCCCGAGCAGCCCCUAACUGAGCACAGCAUUUCCAGGAGCCCCUCUGAGUUGGGAGUCCUGCUGCCUGCCAACUUCCUCCUCCUCUUGACCGGCCUCCUGGUCAGCAAGAUUCUGGUUGCCACGGGCCUCUUCACCCUGGCCUGCUGCCGGAGGAACCGGGAUCCGAAUGCGGAGGAUGGGCAGAGCAACGUCCACCCGCUCUAGCCCCAGCCUGGGGGAAGUGAAUCCUGACAGAGCGGAGACAGGACCAAGCCACGGGGAAUGGAGGGAAAGGAGCAGUCUUGGACAGCCGCCCCCUCCUCUUCCACAGCCUUCCCCCAAACUCUCUGCCCUGCCAGCCAAGUUCCACCACCCCCACUCUUUCCCGGGCAGAGCAACACCAUUUGCCAAGUACAUAUCGGAUCAUUGGGAAGCAGCAUGGCCUAGUGGAUAGAACACAUGCUUGGCAG